AGAGUCGAAAAGACGACGAGCCUCAUUUUGGAUGAUCAGAAUAACAAAUUUACUCAAUUAUCUAAUAGUCUCAAUUCAAGGCAGUCUUAGAUUUUUUGGAUCAUUAUUAUAAGCAAAUCACAACUCAAUAUCAACAAUGACUGACAACUUGUAGACAAAUGUAUUACAAUAUCUGCAAGUCAUUAUUUAUAGCGUGAAAAUUGAUUUACUGUAGUGAAGACAUGUUGACAAGUAAAAAUUGAUGAAAAACGAAUGUUUAAGCUGAUGAUUGAUAUGGAAGAAUAAAACGAAGAGACACAGUGGAAUUAUUUAUUGCUUGAUGUAUCUCAGCGGUUCUGUGCAGCCCCCACUGUUGCAUCUAAUUCAUCCGAUAUGAGUCUCAGAAUUGUCAUUGUUCGUACAGCGUUCAUCCUCCUAUUUCUCCAGCAAUCGUCUCAAGGAUUCUAUCGCAGAGACUGCGGAUAUCCAUACCGAUAUCCUCCCUGUUACACUCUGCACUAUUGUCCUUCUUAUUAUCAUCAGGUCAUUCUCAGCUGCCCACAGUGUGCUUGCAGCAAUGAUCAUUAUCCCAGACAAGAGUCACAAUCUAAUAUAGGGACGUUCAGCGCACCAACAGAACAUGGUAUUUCAAUGAAAAAUACCGUAGAUAAUACGAAGGUGUCAAUAAUAGGAGAUAGAAAUCGUUUAAGCAUGGCAACCAAUAACAUGGAAUGGUGGGAAUGAAACAAAUAUCAAGAUAUUGAUUCAUAAUAAUGUUUGCAUCUAUGUAAAAACUAUGAUAAUAUAAUUUAAAUAUUUAUGUUGAUGGUGUUUCAAAAAUAAAUAUGUAUUAGGUA